GCGUACACUUCGCAUGCUUGGACCAUGUGCGAUGUUCUGUGUAUUGUAGUAUGUUCUAGGCCAUUGUCUGCGGGCUAAUUACAAGCCAAAGUUGUUCUAUAUGCAUUCCAACGAGCGACUGCUCACCUGCAUCUCCAGCCCAGUCAAUACUAUCUCCAGCCCAGUCAAUACCAUCUCCACCACUACCCCAGCCACGCAUCUCAAUCCCGUAGCGACCAACCCUCAACGUCCUCCAGGCUCGGCCAGACCCGCAAUUCCCCCCAGCGCACCACCGCCCCACCAAACCGAUUUAAAUCCACCGACACCCCCAGACAAUUCAGCGCCGCAUACUCAACCCAGCACGCAACCCGCUGCCACGCGAAUCCAUGGCUCAUGCACUGCUCCAUGUCUGCCCCGCUGCAGCCCUGGCACGCGAAGUGCAGCAGCGCCGCGUAGCAGAUCCCGUGCAACAGCGUGGUCGUCGUCGGCCUUGGCGGUUCAGCUGGAAGAUAGGUACUUGGAUUGCGGAGCCGCGCUUGUUAGUGAUGCGUUGCCUGGUGUGGUGUGCCGAAGCAAUUCUCGCACUUGACCUUUGGAGUAGCAGGCUGCGGAGCGUUGGUCCCGGGGGUAGUCAGGUUGCUGUGCUCCUUGACGAGAGUCUUGAAACGAGGGACAGUGAAGAGUGCCGCACCUUUGACAUGGCUAGUUUUGUUGCUGUCCUCGUGGGUGUUGCUCGUCUAGCAGAGGGGUGUAUGGCACAUGCUGGCUCUGAAUUGAGGGUGGGGGCUGGUAGAUUGUUGUGUAGUUGA